UGGGUCUGGGAAUUGAAAUGUGCUUGGGAACCUCAAGAGAAGAGGGAUUUACCCAAUGCAUACCGGUAUCUAAUGGUACAGAUGAAAACUGGUCUCUGAAAGGCUUUCAAAAAAGUCUAGCCUGAAAUUCCUUAUAAAAAGUUCUAGCAAAACCAAUUUUAAAAGAAAAAAGAGCCUAGAUGGCUAAUAAUUAACUAUUCUUACUGCACUUGAUGCAAAUAAUUAGACCCCGUAUACUGAAGGUACAGUUUAUUUUGGCAAAUUAGUUAGUUCUACUAUAAUUUGCCUUUAAUAAAAAGAGAAGUUAGAGAGAGAAAAAUAGUUUAAAAGAAAGAAAAAGACGCUGUAGUCCACAUGUAUUAUACCCCAGCCUUAUCUGUACUCAUAAAAUGAAACGUAACUGUUUUACUAAAUUAAUCUGUUAAAUGGGACUAAGAGAUUGGCCAAAGAGUAUAGAAUUAUAUAUAGUAGUUAUAUUUACUCUAAAGGCUUAAAACUCAACAAAGGUUGCCUGUUGACUACACUAAAAAACUUGUGCAGUAUUAAAUGUUAUCUAAAAUUUCCCAGUAAAUAGUGUAACUGUAAACACUGCAUUCUACUCUGCUGAAUCUGCUGCUAGCAGAAGCCAAGUGGCCCACUUUUCUGAACUUAAAAAAAAAAAAAAAAAAGGCCUUUUUUAGUAUAAGGCUGGCUCUGGGAAGCCAGAGUCUGUUUGCUUUCCAGUGGGAAAGACCAAACAUGGAAACAGUACACAUAGACCAGUUUGCACAGGGAUUCAAAACACCCACGAUUUUUGAAGAAAGGCUGGCUUGUGACCUCCAGAAAUUCCUGGCUGAAGAAUUAAAAUAUGUGCUGUUCCAAUAUUUCGAUGACCUCCUUUCAGGACACCCUACCCAGGAGAGUUGCGCCAGAGGCAUGGACUAUCUUUUAUGACAUCUAGAGGUAUGUGGCUAUAAUGUAUCCAAACGGAGGGCCCAGAUUUGCCAGCAGCAAAUACGUUAUCUAAGAUUUACUAUCCAGCAGGGGUAAAGGUAUCUAUGCAUGAAAUAGAGGCAGGUCAUUAAUUGCCUCCUCAGCCCCACAAGCCAAGAGCAGGUUUAGAAAUUCUUGGGCCCGGUAGGCUUCUGUUGUCUUUGGAUCCCCAACUUUACCAUCUUAACUAAGCCCUUGUAUGAGGCAACUAAAGGAGAGGAGGGAAAGCCCUUAAGGUGGGGAGAAAAACAGGAACGUGCCUUCUCCCAGCUAAAGAUGAGGGUGAUGGCUGCACCUGGAUUGGGACUGCCAGACUUGGCCAAGCCCUUUACUCUGUAUGUCUCAGAGAGAGAUAAAAUGGCUGUGGGUAUAUUAACCCAGCUGGUUGAGUCCUGGCCAAGGCCUGUAGCCCACCUCUCUAAGCAGUUGAACGGAGUGGCAAAAGAAUGGCUGCCCUGUUUACGGGCUCUGGCCGCUUCUGCUCUCCUUGUGGAAGAAGCUGAUAAGCUGACUCUAGGGCAGGAUCUCAGAGUGAAAGAACCGCACUCUGUGGUCAAUUUAAUGGACACUAAGGAACGUUUUUGGCUCUAUAAUGCAACACUCUAAACCAAGCCACGCUCCUUCCAGUGAGUGGAAGAGAGACUGAGCAUGACUGUAUGGAAGUUAUAGAUAAUGUGUACUCUAGCAGACCUGACUUUGAGUGACCAGCCCUGGACAGAUGCAGACUGGGACUUGGUAUGUAAAUGAAAGCAGUUAUGUGAUAAAGCAAGGUGAGCGGCGGGCUGAGUAUGCAGUGGUCACCUUAACAGAGACUGUGGAGGCUAAGCCCCUACCUCAAGGGACAUUGACUCAGAUGGGUGAGUUAAUUGCCUUGACUGGAGCCUUACCACCAUCACUAAAAGGAGCACUAGGGUUAGUACUGAGGCAAAGAGGGCUGCAUCCCAACUGUACCAGGUGGUGUGAGUAGUUCCUCUCAUCCCAUGAGUUCUGGAGCUCAACCCUAAAAAGAGUAACAAGGAAAAUCUCCACUAGAGUAAUUAACUGUGUUCUGUUUGUUCUUUCUGUGUCUGUAUAUCUUUUCUCUCUGGAAGAUCAAGGGACCAAGUUUAAGUCUGGAAUCAGAACCCGGUCCCCCUCAAAUCAAGGUAGAAAGGAUCUUACACCAUCAUCCUGACCACAUGCACGGCAGUGAGAUGAGAAGAAUCCUCACCUGGAGUCAUCACAGCUGGCUGAAUAGAGCUUCACUGCCCCUUCAGAAGUGAAGCUCAGAGGUCCCUGGAGGAAGACCCGGUCAACGCGGUGAAGCUGAUGGCCAGGAACAUGCUCGAUGGCAUUUUUGAUGACUUGGAAAAUAGCGUGUUAAAUACACACGAGUUGCGCAAAAUAGAAGAAGGUGUAACUCUCAUCGUGAACAACACUGGAAACCUGUUUGAUGAUAUCAAAAAGAAAACUCAAAAGGCCAGCAGACUCCUUACGGAACGCCUGCUCAACACGGAGGCUCAGCUGAGUUUAAAUUGUCUUUCUGAAAAUGAGGAUGAUAAAUCUGAGGAAAACUCUGCAUCAUCUUCCUCUUCAGCAGGGUCCAAAACUGAGAAUGGAGAUGAAGAAACGGAGCAGGAUGCUGGAUUAUUGGCACAGACAUCAAUUCUAGCACUAACAGAUCGUCAGGAAACCCAGUGUACCCAACUUAACAAGUUGAAGCUUUGCCCCCGUGAUCAUUUUCAUAAAAUGAAGACAAAAAUGACAGAUGAGAUAUAUCCAGUGAUGGAGAGAGAGGGCCGAACUCGCCUAGCCCUCAUCAUCUGCAACAAAAAAUUCAACUAUCUACCUAAUCGAUGUGGUUCUGAAAUUGACCUUUUGGGGAUGCAAGACCUACUGGAAAACCUUGGAUACUCAGUGAUUGUAAAAGAGAAUCUCACUGCUGAGGAAAUGGAGAAAGAACUAGAGCAGUUUGCGGCCCGCCCAGAGCACCAGUCCUCGGAUAGCACAUUCCUGGUGUUCAUGUCACACGGCAUCCUGGAAGGAAUCUGUGGGAUAAAGCACAGGAUGCAGGAGCCAGAUGUUCUUCACGAUGACACCAUCUUUAAAAUUUUCAAUAACCAGAACUGCUGGAGUCUGAAAGACAAGCCCAAAGUCAUCAUUAUGCAGGCCUGCCGCGGCCGAGGUAGUGGGAUGGUGUGGGUGGCCACUGACCUGGGAGAAGCUACUGCAGACACACACGGCCAGCCCUUGCCGCAGCGCUGUAUCUGGAGCAACGCUAUCACGAUGGCCCACCUGGAGAAGGACUUCAUUGCUUUCAAAUCUUCAACGCCACAUAAUGUUUCUUGGAGGCUUGACGUAGGAUCUCUCUUCAUUUCCCAACUUAUCUUCUACUUCAAAGAGUAUUCUUGGUGUCAUCAUUUAGAGGACAUUUUUCGAAAGGUUCAACGUUCAUUUGAGACCCCAAACAUACUGACCCAGAUGCCCACCAUUGAAAGAGUAUCCAUGACACGAUAUUUCUACCUCUUCCCAGGGAAUUAAAACUCUUAAGAAGGAUUGCAGGAAAACGAAGGUAUUAUGGUGUACAAGGUUAAUUUUUGAUCAAGAGUAUUUUUAUACCAAACUUCUCAACUGCCCACUCUCCACAAACACCAGACUAAAAUAACUCUGAUAUUGUUGCUGAAUUAAUGAUUAAUAAAUUCUUUUAAAAUUAUGCUUAUUUCUUCUUUUAAUCAUAAAAGUCACUCAUGCCCAUUACAGAAAAGUAUGUAUAUAAACAAGCAUUAAAAAGAAAAAAGGUUUUUUACUAAUCAUUGUUAACUCUUUUGAAACUCUAUUUCUAAAAACUUUAAUUCAUUUUUAUAUAGUUCAUUCAUUUUGUAUAUUCAAUUUUGUCUUUUUCUUCUAUUAUGUUAUAACCAUCACUAAUACUAACAAAAAUGACUGAUAGCUAGACAAAUGUCUCCUUUUAAAACUGUUAUACUAAUUUAAUUGAUGAAAGUAGUCAAUUUCAGUGGCAUACCUUUUGUUACUGACAUCAUUGGACUUUCUCACAUCUUUAUUAGCUAGGUUCCUUUUGCAUAAAUUGUAAGAUAAUAUUCUUUUUCCAUUUUAUUUCAAGUUAUAUGUUUUCCUUAUCAAUCAUAUAAAAUUUUUAUACAUGACAACUAUGUUUUCUUAUGGUCCUAUCACAUGUUAAAGUUAGCUGUUCAGUAUUAAAUUUGUGUAUGAUAUCAUAUGAUAAUGUGGAAUGUUCAGAUUUUCAGUAAUGGAAUCUAUUUCUAUUUCCUUCUGUGUUGGAUUCUAAUCUUUUUAAGUUUAAAUAUUAUAUGACCACUUACAAUUUUUU